AUGGAGCUGCAAUUUCAUUACUUUGUGAUAAUCUCUGGAUUAUUUUGCUGGUUCUCCAAUGUGUUAGCUGUACACAUAACCAACCUGAAUGGAUCCUGUUUUCGUUGUCUCUGUCACGUAGCUGGAUGUGACAUGUCCCGUGGAUGUAGUGAAGGCUACUGCGGCCCUUUCUUCAUAUCCAGGGUCUAUUGGGUGGAUGCUGGCAAGCCGACCUUACCUGAUGAUGACCCGGAUAGGAAAGAAGCAUUCGAAGACUGUGCCCGGGACUACCACUGCUCCAUCAAAAUCAUCGAGAGCUACAUGGCAAAAUUUGGAAAAGAUUGUAACAACGAUGGAGUGACAGACUGUUUCGACUACAUGCUGAUUAACUACCACGGCGGCAGGGCUUGCUCCAAACCUCUGAUGCUUACACAGUCUGGACGGAGGUGGCUGCAAGCGUAUCGACAAUGUAGAUUCUGAUGUUUAAUUAUAAUAUUGAGGAGUACUUAAACAAU